AUGAAUCACUCCGGACUUAGUAGAAGUCCAUAUAGUAAGAGUGCUUGUACUUUAUGUUGGGCUUCAAAAAGAAAAUGUAAUUAUGAUCCUUUACUUCUAUCGUGCGAAAGAUGCCGAGAAAGAGGGAUUGAAUGUGUUCUUAAGAGCAAGCGUAAGCCUGGACCGAAAACUCCAACUUCACGAAUUCCAUCAGAAUUCGAAAAUUUUUCAACUACACCUCAACUAUCGGAUGGAAUAAGUUUUAAUUCAGAGUUAUCAAAUGAAAAACAGAGAUUUUGCACCGGUUGUCGUACGCAAGAAAAAAGAUGUAUUUACCAUGGUGUACCAGGAGAAUUUAGAUGCGAGGAAUGCAAGAAAGGCGAUAAUGAAUGUUUAUUCCAAUGUAUAAAAUGUUGUAAAAAGAGGGAUUUGUUUUCCUCUUGUACAGACUGUAAGGAAACUAAAGAAGAUCCACCGCAUAGCAUAACUAUUGAUACUGAUACUCAGAAGCUCUACCUUCAGCAUUCCAAUUGUAACCAUAAGAUCGAAAUUACUCCUACAUUAAUAAAUGCUAUGAUAAAAUCACAUAAGGAGGUUGGUCGAGUAACAGGUGAUAACUCGGAUAAUGCAAUGCUAAAAUCAUACGAGGUUGAUCAAGGCAACUCAGAUAAUGCGAGGAGUCAAAUAACAGAUGAUGACUCAAAUAACACUACAUUUGAGAAUGCGAUGUCCAACGAAUACCUGAUGCAAUUAUCUCUACCUCCAGACUGGAAUAGUUUCCAAGAAAUUCAUUUUCCUACUGAUAGUUAA